AAACAGCGACGUUAUUACGGAAAGGAGAGGCUCGUUUUUAACGGCUAAAUACACAUUUGAUUUAUCAAAUUAAAACCAUUGCUUUAGAGAAAAUUGCAGAUUGCUGGAAAGAAACAUGUCUGGGAGUUUCUAUUUUGUCAUGGUUGGGCAUCAUGAUAAUCCUGUCUUUGAAAUGGAAUUCUUGCCUGUUGGUAAAGCUGAGUCAAAGGAUGACCACCGGCAUCUGAACCAGUUCAUUGCGCAUGCAGCCCUCGACUUGGUGGAUGAAAACAUGUGGCUGUCUAACAACAUGUACCUGAAAACUGUGGACAAGUUCAACGAGUGGUUCGUCUCUGCCUUUGUCACUGCAGGACAUAUGAGAUUCAUCAUGCUUCAUGAUGUACGACAAGAAGAUGGAAUCAAAAACUUCUUCAAUGACGUGUACGAUUUAUACAUUAAGUUUGCAAUGAAUCCUUUCUAUGAAACCAAUGCUCCAAUCCGGUCGACGGCAUUUGACAGGAAAGUACAGUUCCUUGGAAAGAAGCACCUCUUGAGCUGAUGAACUAACCUCGACAACAUGGUCGUGUAGCUUUUUGAAUGUCUUCAUUGUGUGCAGUUUCCAGUUGAAAUAUGUUUUAAGACAUUCAUAAUAUACAAAUAAUUUGUCUAUG